GUCCUCGAUGAGUUUUUGCAAUCUUUGACGCCGGGUUUUGGGACUGGUGAUCAACUAGGAUCUUUGGUCAGUUGCAUCAAAAUCACAAUCCGCCCUCGUUGUCGAAGGUGUACCGUCUCUUUGAUUAGGUACAGAACGUGAAGGAGAAGCGGUUGGAGUUGAGGAGCCGUUCGGUAUACAUUUUGCCCCUUGAAGAGGUUAGCUCCAUGCCCCUGAAAGUGACGUCGCCCGAGGCCAGAUCACCACCAAAAAAAGUCCCGAGACGCGAACACUGCUGUGCUGCGGUAUUAGUUAGAGCAACGGCUGCUCUUGCUGGCGUCCUUGCAGUCGAUAAACACCAAAAUGUCGAGUUUCUCGAGGGGCUCCAUGUCCUUGCGGAGUUUAUAUUUUUCUUUGUCCAUACUUCUCUCGCUCUGCCUUUGCUCAGCGCGUACAGCCGCUGCCUCGAACGACACAUUACUAUGGGGUCCGUACCGACCCAACGUCUACUUCGGCGUACGGCCACGUGUGCCCAACAGCUUGACGACCGGAUUGCUGUGGGCGAAUACGGACAACUUUGCUAGCGCCCAAAACAACUUCCGCUACACCUGCGAGCAAAAUGAGGGAAUGGCCGGCUAUGGCUGGGAAGAGUAUGAUGCCCGGAACGGUGGUCGCCAGGUCAUACAUGAUACAGGGAACAAAAUAGACCUGACUAUUGACUUUGUCAAAGUUCCUGGAGGUCAGAAUGGUGGAAGCUGGGCCGCGAGAGUCAAGGGCACCCCUAGAGAAGACGCCCCACCCAAUCUGAUCACAACGCUCAUAUUCUAUGCUGGCAUGGAAGGUCUAGGGGAAUUGGCAUUCAAGGACGAUGGGUCAGACGCGGACGGGAAAGCCGCGUUACAUGGAUACACAGCUGAGCUUGGGGAAUUCGAUUUCAAUUUCGAAGAACCAUCCGAGAACACACUACCAUACAAGACACACCCGUCCUGGGAUGAGAAGCCCCUCGACAGGCUCCUGACCGGGAGCAUGCAAUUACCGCCGGACGCCCUCUGGCAGGCAAAGAACAUCGUCUUUGCCAGUAUGAAGCAAGAGAUUGACAGGUUUGUGGCACAAUAUGGACAGGAGAAUAUACCACCUCCAUGGGCAGCUUUUACUAUUGCGGAGGAUUCUGGACCGGGAAACUUUCACAUGGUCCAGAAGGUACUCGUCGGCGCGUUCGAGUUCGAUAUCCUGUUCAACUCCGCUUCUGGUCCCUCAGUAUCCUCGCAGUCACUGACAAAAUCCAUCUCUUCAUCAUCAACCGCUUUCAAACAGAAGUUUAAGGAGGUCUUGAAGCCUUUGGCGCCCUUCACGAAACCAGCCUUCACCGACUUCGCCGAGUCCAUGUUCUCAAAUCUCUUCGGUGGCAUUGGUUACUUCUAUGGCGACUCUCUCGUCGACAGGUCUUACGCUCCAGAAUACGACGAGGACAAUGAAGGAUUCUGGGAAGAAACAGCGGAAGCGAGGUCACGGGCCCAAAUCGUCCAAGACCCUCCUGCUGAAUUGUUCACCUGCGUGCCCUCCCGUCCUUUCUUUCCCAGAGGCUUCCUGUGGGACGAAGGUUUCCACCUCCUUCCCAUCGCGGAAUGGGACCUUGAUAUAACCAUGGACAUUGUGAAGUCAUGGUUCAAGCUGAUGGACACAGACGGCUGGAUUGCUCGGGAACAGAUCCUGGGUGCCGAAGCUCGAAGCAAAGUCCCUCCAGAGUUUCAGGUCCAGUAUCCUCAUUACGCAAAUCCACCGACGCUCUUCUUCAUAAUCGAGACGUUGAUGGAGAAAGUGUCAGACCCCAAGUAUGCCGCUCAAAAAGACAGAAUCGAGUCACAACUCCGAGAGCUCUAUCCCCUCCUCAAACGCCAGUACUACUGGUUCCGUCGGACGCAGUUUGGCGACAUCAAGUCGUACGACCGCGAAGCCUUUUCGACAAAGGAAGCGUACCGCUGGCGCGGCCGCAGCCCACAACACAUCCUCACGUCUGGGCUCGACGACUACCCACGCCCUCAACCCCCUCACCCAGGCGAGUUGCACACCGACCUGAUCUCCUGGAUGGGUCUCAUGUCGCGCACAUUACUGCGUCUGGCGACUCUUGUCUCCGAGACGGAAGACAUUUCAGAGUACAAGACCCAGCACACCGCGAUAUUGCGCAACAUCGACGACCUGCACUGGUCGUCCGAGCACAAGGCCUACUGUGAUGCCACGAUCGACGACUACGAAGAUUCCGUCCACGUCUGCCACAAAGGCUACAUCAGUCUCUUCCCGUUCAUGACGGGUUUGUUGCCGUCCUCACACCCGAAUUUGCCGCACAUUCUGGCGCUGAUCUCCUCUGAGUCGGAACUCUGGUCGCCCUAUGGCAUUCGGUCUUUGUCCCGGUCUGACGAAUUUUACGGAACCGAGGAGAAUUACUGGCGUUCGCCGAUCUGGGUGAACAUGAACUACAUGAUCCUCAAGAAUUUGUUGGUUGUCGCUCAGGACACCAAUGCCCCGGCCAAGGUCAAGACCCAGGCUACCAAGAUCUACACGGAGCUUAGGACGAAUUUGGUCAAGAAUGUCUUCGAGCAGUGGGAGCGCACGGGCUUCGCGUGGGAGCAGUAUAACCCGGAGACGGGCGCGGGACAACGUACGCAGCAUUUCACCGGCUGGACGAGUCUGGUCGUGGUCAUUAUGCGGAUGCCGGAUCUUGCUGAUCAGGUUGGCAUUUCGCAUGGCGAGCUGUGAAGAGAUCUUCAGUUUCAGCAAUGCCGGAUAUAGUAGAGUGAAAAGGCGAAUAUGACUGUCCUGCAACUGGGGAAUUUGUGGAACAA